AUGUCUGCUCACGGCCUAUCCAGCAGCACGCUGCCACCUUUCAGAGAACAAGUUUUUUCUAGAUGCUAUAGCAGUCGACCGUUCAUCUACCUCAAGCGCGCAGCCAUCGCGUUAAGCUAUCCCAUUCGUGGUAUCUGGUACUUUUCGCGGAGGAGGGAGUUUUGGCCUCUCUUUCUUGGACGGCUAGUGCCUCUAUCUUUAAUAUCGUUCUUCGUAUACUUCGUACUAUUCUCAUUCGCUUUCCUUCCGCAAUUCUUAUUUCUGGCCAUCUUCCAUGGCUGGGGCGCCUGGUUUAACGCUGUUGUGCUCGUAUUGGGUGAAGGUCUGGUGAUAGUGCAGGGCUUAUUCGAGGGAUUCUUUGUUGAUGAAUGCCGGGUGGAUGUUUUCGACGCAACGCUCAUCGACCUCUCGUUGAAGGAUCUGAUAGCCCCCCAUCGCAUCCUGUUUGACGAUGCGCCUAAUUCUGUCAAAAUGCUGGGAAAGCCGACAAGUCCAGCAUGCUUCAACCCUUGGAGUACCAUCCAGAUUGUAGAGCUUGUGUUCUUCCUUCCCCUCAAUCUCAUCCCCUAUGUUGGAACUAUCGCAUUUAUUGUCAUCACUGGAACUCGGCUCGGUAAACUAUCGCAUCAUCGCUGGUUCCAGCUCCGAGGCUUAUCAAAGGCAGCACAAAAAGAUGAGAUCAAGAGGCUCGAAUGGGAUUGCGUUUUCUUUGGAACCAUGGCCAUGAUCCUUGAGCUAGUUCCGGUGCUAUCUUUCUUCUUUCUACUAACUACGGCAGCAGGCUCAGCCAUGUGGGCCGCUGACUUGGAGAAGGCGAGGAGGGAAAUCGAAUCUGAUAGCGAGCGCGUAACUUCAUACCAAUACAGAGACGAGUUUCCCUAG